UCACAAGAACUCUGAGCUAAGAUGCCCACCCCCACCCCAGAGGAAGGCAGACUCUAGCCCCGCCCCCCGUUGUGUUCACACCUAGGUGAAGGGAAGUGAGCUCGAGCUAACUCUGGGGGUGUCCAGCCAACGUCGACGGGUUAACCUCACCUAGAGUCCCUCCAACUCUACUGCCAUGGCCUUUUCCUUGGUUCUGAGACUGGGCCAAGAGGCGGUACUGAAGACCACAGAACUAAAAGCAUGGGGGCUUCGAGAAUUUGCUUCAACAGUUUUCCCCUCUAUAAAAUCGGGAGACAAUGAAAAGGAAAAACAAAAGAAGUCUAAAUUGCAACAACCACUAAAAAAUGUAGUGGCACCAAAGGAAGGGAUCAAGCUAUUAACAGCCCCAAGAACUGAAUUUCCCAAAAAAUUAUCAUCAACUAAUUCUUAUCCAUUAGCUGUGGAUAAAGGCAAGACCAUAGUUAAUAUUAAUUCUGAUGACAUCAAACAACCGAUAGAUGAAGAAAUUGGAAAACUUUUGCCAGAAAAGACUGUAGUUGAAUUUCCACAAAAAGUUUCACCUUCACUCAGAGCAAAGGAUACUUAUUUAGAAAAUCACCAAAAGAUCCAGAAACCAGCUGAAGUUGAUUUAGCAUCUUCUUCAUCUGACUCAGAUUCUGAUAGAGAAGAUAGUGUCUCAGAAAUUGUCUUGAAAUUUAAGAUUACCAUCAGAGCUAAAAGAGAGUUUCCACAAGGAGAUACUUUUGAGCAGAGGGCCCAAAGAAAUUUGAGAUUAACCAAGAAGACCCAGUUCCAAAAAGUACGCCUGGACUCUACACAUGUGGAGAAACCUCAUCUAUUAGAGAUGAAAAUCACUGUUGAGUGAUCUGAAGCCUAUAAAGAGCUUCCCAAUAUCACCCAAAUCAGAAGUCUUUUAGAGAACAAAGUACAAAAAGAGGCGCAUUUGCGGAAUUCUUUGGUUGAAUUAAAUGACAAAAAAAUCCAAAGAACCAAAAUGGUAGUUUCAUCAAUCCAGUUAGGUAUAGAAAUAAAACUGUUGAUAACAAAGGAAGAAAACAGGAAAGAGAAACCAACAGUUGUUGAUUUUACAACAGAUCAUUUUAAUAACAAAGACAUUUUAGAGGAACAGGUACCCAUCCUAAAUUUGGAAGCAUCUCUUCCUCAGACCAAAGAAGACAUCUUAGAGGAAAAUGUGCCUGCAGGAAAUAUUGGUACAAAGGAAGAAGUCUUUCCAGGGUUACCAGUGAAGUUCAAAAGUCAAGUCAUCAUACUGGAGACUGAAAAUGCUGAGGCAUUUGAAAAUUCUACCUACAAGAACCUAAAGCAUCAUGACUUCAACAUUUAUACCUUCUUAGAUUUUACCCUGGAUCUUUUGAUUUAUAAUUUAUUUAGGUUGCCUCAGCAAUCUUCAAGAUGA